ACGACUCAAAAUUGCAGUAUUUCUUAUAUUUUUUUAUUCUCACAAUUAACAUACAAUACAAAUUAAUACAUCCCAGAGAAUCUACUAUGACAAGAAUGAGACCAAAAUGUCCUUGACCUCACUCAAACUUGCGACCUCCUUGGCUUAGCUAUAACCUAAUGGAGAGGUGUGGAUAUUGACAAGAGAUAAAAAUGUCAAGUGAUGAAAAGUUGUUUUUCAGAAAGAUCAUUCAGCAAUUGGCCAGAUCGUUAGCUGCAAUCGAGGAUACACCAUGGGAAAAGGUGAAUACACUGUUCUCAUUAUGCCCUCAAGAAGUGAGCCAGGGAGUCUUCAGAUUGGACCAGAGAAACCAAGAUGCAGUCAUUGCACUGGGAAUAUUCUUUUUAGAAUCGAGGCUACAACAUACCGAUAAAAUUUUACCCUAUUUAUUGAAGUUACUACGAGCACUGCCAAAAUCUAUAUGGCAAGAAGAUGCUUGGACGAUUCCUUCUGACAGAGUGCCUGUUGCUGAACGGUUCACAUUCUGUUUAAAUACUUUACUCAGUGAUAUAGCUACAAAGUUGCCAUCAAAGCAAGAAGAAAUUGUUUCAGCACAAGUCAAGUUUCUUGGAGAUCUGACAAGCUUAUGUCGUGCAGCUUUUGAAGAGUCUAAAACUCAAAAAAAUCAAAGCAACAUUUCUAAAGUUGUCGUUCCUACACUAUUGGGUCAUGCAAGAUCUUUGGGCAGAUUUCCAGGACAAGAUCCUCCCCUACUUUGCAGAAUUUUCCCUAAACCAGAAAAACCUACUGUCAUGAAUGUUAGAAAUAGUGAGUCUGUUAAAAAGAAGAGUUUUACAAAUUUCAGGUCGAUAAUACCAAAAUCAUUGUCAGGCAAUCUAAACUUGACAACUCUUGAUAUACUUACUUUGAGUUACCUUGAUCCAUCUUCCGAUAUGACAUUACUAUGUAGUAACUCGAGUCAACAACAAACUGUAGCAUACGACCCUACAACUCAUUAUUUUAGCAAAUAUGGCUCGAGUUUUAAUCAGUUUUCACAUAUGAAAUUGACAACAAUUCCAGAAAAGAAGCCUCAGAUUCAAUUUCCUAUAGCUCACCUACAGAGCGUUCUGGCAUGUGCUAAAAAACUAUUAACUCCAGAACUUUUAUCUUUUCUUGAUGGUCAGGCAUCAGGAUUAUAUUAUUCAGGCCAGAUAAGAAUAUUCCCUUAUAGAACAAUCAGUGAAACGUUAAAUCUUGUGCUAGUUACUCUUCUUAGAGAAUUGCUUCGAUAUCAGACAGAUCUCCCAGCACCUUUUACUAAAGAUGUACAAGAGUUUGUGAAAGGUUUAUUCCUUUGUGGCCAAACAGAACUGCAAUCAAGGCACCAUGAUGCCAGUGAAAAGGAAGAGAGAGAAAGUAAUUGUGCCACUGUUAAUAAGUUCAAGCUUAAUGUUAUGGCCAAUUCUGCCUGCGUUGACCUUCUUGUGUGGGCUAUCGCCGAUGAAGCAGCUGAAAGCCCUUUAGAUAUGCUCCACAAACUUACUGCUCAAAUCAGCUGGUCAGGGGCAGAUAGCCUGUGUGGUCGACUGACUGAAAAAAUCAAUUCAAAUCAUAAUUUAAAAUUAGUUUUGGCACAUAUGCCUCUACUUAUGGUUUGUCUUGAGGGUUUAGGUAAAUUAGCUGAAAAAUACCCUAAUAUAGCUAGCACUUCUAUACAGUGUCUGAGGGAUUUUCUUGUUUCUCCAUCUCCAAUACUUUCAAAGUUGUAUAGAUUACACAAUGAAAAGGGCCUUUCUCAUGAUGCACAAGGCUUCCACACUCCGGAUAUAGAGAUUGAGAAUACUGUCAAUAAAAGAUUUCACCUUACAAUAACUUCUGACACUGGAAAUUCAAUUAGUAAAAUUGGUGGUACAAGUGGAACACUUUGUGAUUGUUGUCAUUCUCCAUUCGAAAAGCUCAGAGAUGCAGCUAUUGAAAACCUCUGUAUGGCUCUCAGAUCGGCCUACUCUGUUGAUCAUAAUUGCGUUCCUGCCCUUGUCGCUUCACUUUCUAACAGGCUAUAUACAGCUCAGAAUUCAGAUAGUGAGAGUUCACUUAUUUUGAACAACACCAUCGUUAUGCUUGGCCAUAUAGCUGUCGCUCUGAAGGAUACACAGAAAACUACUGAAACUAUUUUACAGUUUUUUCAGCAAAGGCUUUGCAGGGUACCAUCACCUGCAGAUGUUCUCAUUGUUGACCAGCUUGGUUGCAUUAUUAUAUCGAAGUGUGAGCCAAAUGUUUAUGAAGAAAUCAUGAGGAUGUUUGUGCAAAUAACUGUUGAGGCUAGUAAUGCCGCAUACACCAAUGAUAAAACUAAUCAAUAUAAGCAUGUAUCAGGUGGAGUAAUCAAUGCCUUGGCAAAUAUAGCAGCCAAUAUCCAAGGGGAGACCGAAAUGGGUGAGCUCUUGGUGAGGUUGAUGGAGCUUUAUGUUCAACUUGGUUUGGAAGGAAAGAGAGCAUCAGACAAGGCCCCAACAAACAAGGCUUCAAGCAGCGCAGGUAACUUGGGUAUGCUGAUUCCUGUAAUUGCAGUUCUCGUGAAACGACUUCCAGUUAUCAAACAGCCGAAACCCAGGCUGCAUAAACUUUUCAGAGAUUUCUGGCUUUAUUGUGUUGUCAUGGGUUUUACUACACAGUCAGGUCUCUGGCCUAGUGAAUGGCGAGAAGGUGUUGAACAGAUAGCAGUGAAAUCACCUUGCCUAGUCGCUCAGAGCUCUUCUAGGUCAGAAUUAAGGCAGCUUCAGUACACUUCUGCUGUCAGAAAUGAUUCAGUUUCCUUGGGACAGUUGCAAGAAUUUCGAACCCAGAUCCUAAAUCUUCUGGAUAAUCCUGCUGAUGUAUCAGCCACAGUGAGCAAACUCUCAUUUGCUCAAUGCACAUUUCUACUAUCUGUCUACUGGUUAGAAACUCUGAGAGUACAGCACUCUUCAGAACCCAGUCUUCAGUCAAUCCUGGAAUAUCUUACAGAUCGGGCUCUUAUUACAGAUAAGAGUGGAAUGUGGUUAUGUGUAGCCAGUGUAUCAGACCGAGUUUUCAAACUCUUCUUGGAAGCAAUGUCUGCAAAAGCUAAAGAUGAAGCUAGAGAACGAGAAUUAGAAACGCACGCUGUGUUCCUUUUAGUACACUUUAACCAUAUCCAUAAACAGAUCCGUCGUGUAGCUGAUAAAUAUCUAUCAGGUCUGGUAGAUAAAUUUCCUCAUCUCCUGUGGAACAGAAAUGUCCUCGGACGAAUGCUUGAUAUGCUUCAUGCUCUGUCAACAUCGCUUGAUUUGGAUCCAAACGAUACAACUCUAACUGUCAGUGUUCCAAACACUCCAUAUACUAUUACUCUUAUGGAUACACUUGAUGCAAGAGAGGGAAUAGUGAAUGACUUUGCUUCACGAUGUUGUGGUAUUAUUCAAGAGGCAAUGAAAUGGGCUCCAAAUGCAACUAGAUCACAUUUACAAGAUUAUUUGAAUGAGAUGGUUAAUUCAGGACAAUGGGAUAAUGAGACGGAAACUAUAUUCUCUAACAAAAGAGUGAACAUACAAUCCGCCGUACUUAACAGUACACUUGAAAAACGAGGUGGUGCUCAGAGCGCCCCAUUGUUUGUUUGCUCAGUAAGUAAAAGAGCGAAAUUCACUGGCCAGGUUUCGGGAAUGCUCUAUGGUCCUGUGAGUAUAGAUGCAAUUGCAGACAAGCUGAUUGCAGACAUUUGGACUGCUUGCAGGUCUAAAGAUAACAUUGCUCAUCAUGAUACCCUUUGGCGUGCUACUGCUCUUCUCACAUCCAUCCUUGGAACACCGAGGAAGUUGCUUCAUGUGGUCGCCUGGUCACAAGUUGAACUGUUCACCGCUGAAGCUAUGUCCACUGCUGUUCAGUGUUGGCAGUGGCUCAUUACGUCAAGACCGAGCAUAGAACUGCUUUGGCUUGAAGAAAUGAUCACUGCUUGGCAGUACACAGUUGAUACGAAGCUUGGGUUAUUCUCUGAAGAAAAAGAAGAAGUAAGCCCUCUGGCUGCUUAUGAAGGAUGCGUACUGGAACCCUCUCCUCCAUUCGUCAAACCUCAUGAUAUUUGGAUACAGUUUAUAUAUGAAUUAGUCGAGACAGCGAAAUACAGCAGCAGAGAAAAAGUAGAAAUGUUGGUUUCCCUUCUUCAGAGAUCGUUACCAAUGGUAGUUGGAAGCGAUGAUGCUCACAUCAAUAGGCAUAUUGCAGCUGCAGCAGCAAGAUUCAGGUUGCUCAGUUGUGCACUGUCAGUCUUACAAAGCGACAUCUUGCCAAGAUCACUAAGUAAAAAUGUCCUUAGAGAACGGGUCUAUUCUACAUGCCUUGACUAUUUCUGUACAGGCUUCAAGUGCCCAACCCAAUCAAGAGCACAACUAGCAGAAGAUAUCAAUGCUCUAAUUAAAUUCUGGCAAACAAUGCAUUCUGAUAAGAAGUAUUUAAUGGCUUCAGUGAUUGGAGAUUGGGAUGUUGGAAGCAAUGAAACAGGAGGUGGUUCGGUUGUUGGAAGCUUAUCCGUCACAUCUGAUCUUCCGAGACCUAACUCUGCCUCUGGUUGGAUUAACACAGUCCCAUUGUCUGCUUCCACUAAUACUUUAACAAAAAGAACCGGUAGGGCAAAGCGGCAGCCGAACCAGGGCGAUCUGUUCGUCAAAGAUUAUAUCAAGAAGAGGAAUCUUAUACUCGAUCUUCUUGCAGUUGAAAUAGAACUACUUAUCACAUGGUACAACCCGAUGGGUCGAUCUGAACUACAUUUCCCUGGUGAGGAGAUGAUUUCUAACUGGAAAUCUAAACCAGUUAACGAGAAGGCCCUGCGAGAUAUCACACGUCUGGCUUGGGAACUAAGUCCUGUAUUAGCAGUAUAUCUUCCGACAAGAUUGAAGUCAUCAGACAGUAUGGUGAAAGAAGUGUGCAGGCUAGUACGAUCCAAUCCCACAUCAGUUAUUCAUAUACCCCAUGCUUUGCAGUAUCUUGUGACUACUGAAAACAUACUCAACGAAGCACCUGAGUUAGUUCACUGUUUGAGCUGGUCCAGAGUCAGUCCCGUACAGGCACUCUCUUACUUCUCUAGGCAAUUCCCUCCUCAUCCGAUCACUGCUCAAUAUGCUGUCCGUGUCCUAAAGAGCUUCCCAGCCGAUGCCGUUCUCUUCUACAUUCCACAACUUGUGCAGAGUCUCAGGCAUGACAAGAUGGGUUAUGUCAUGGAAUUUAUCAAAUAUAUCGCCAAAAAAUCUCAAGUUGUUGCACACCAGCUGAUUUGGAACAUGAAGACUAAUAUGUUUAUUGAUGAAGAUAUGCACACUAAAGACUCACUGUAUGAAACUUUAGAAUCUCUUACAAAUAGUAUUGUCAGCUCUCUGUCUGGGCCUGCUAAACAGUUUUAUGAAAGGGAAUUCAAUUUCUUCGACCAAAUCACUAGUAUUUCUGGACAGAUUCGACCAUUUCCUAAAGGAGUGGAAAGAAAAAAUGCAUGUUUAGAAGCUCUUAGCAAGGUGAAGGUUCAACCUGGGUGCUAUUUGCCUUCCAAUCCCGAGGCUAUGGUUUUGGAUAUUGACUAUAAGAGUGGAGCUCCUAUGCAGAGUGCGGCUAAAGCUCCUUACUUGGCAAGAUUCAAAGUUAAGAAAUGUGGUAUCAAAGAGCUAGAGGCGAUGGCAUUGGCAGUUUCAGCUGGACAUCAACUCGAAGAGAAGCCUACAUCUAUGAAUACUGAACUUUGGCAAGCUGCAAUAUUCAAGGUUGGUGAUGAUGUUAGACAGGAUAUGCUUGCUCUUCAAGUUAUCGGCAUAUUCAAAAAUGUUUUUCAGCAAGUUGGUCUCGAGCUAUAUCUCUUUCCUUAUAGAGUCGUAGCUACUGCUCCUGGGUGUGGUGUGAUAGAAUGUGUACCCAAUGCUAAAUCAAGAGACCAACUGGGGCGUCAGACUGAUAUUGGGAUGUAUGAGUAUUUUACAAAAACUUAUGGCGAUGAAAAUACUCAAGAGUUUCAGGCUGCUAGAAAGAAUUUUGUCUGCUCUAUGGCUGCUUAUAGUGUUGUAGGUUUCUUGCUCCAAAUCAAAGACAGGCAUAAUGGAAACAUUAUGCUCGACACACAGGGCCACAUAAUACAUAUUGACUUUGGUUUCAUGUUUGAAUCUUCCCCUGGUGGCAAUUUAGGGUUUGAACCAGACAUUAAACUGACUGAUGAAAUGGUGAUGGUGAUGGGUGGAAAAAUAGAGGCUGCUCCAUUUAGGUGGUUUACAGAACUGUGUGUGCAGGCAUACUUGGCAGUGAGACCCUAUCAAGAAGCUAUUAUAUCACUAGUAUCUCUUAUGCUAGACACGGGUCUGCCAUGUUUCCGAGGACAGACAAUUAAACUACUAAGGGCCAGGUUCGCUCCCAAUGCCAGUGAUAAAGAAGCCGCUGCUUAUAUGAUAUCAAUAAUACGUAAUUCCUUCUUAAACUUUAGGACUAGGACUUAUGACAUGAUACAGUAUUAUCAGAACCAGAUUCCUUACUAAUAAACAUUACAUUACAUUACCAUGCAUCAUUACAAUUACCUCUUGCCUAUCAUUGUUUUGGAAAAGAAUCCCAUGGGUUACUUUCCAAACUGAUUCAAACCAAAGACUUACGAUUAUGUUCAAAAGAAAGUACUUAUUUUCUGAGUAGUUGUAUAAAUAUAUUGACAAUUUUAUAUUUUUAAAUUUUUGUGUAGGUUAUUUAGGAAACCAUGACCAUUACCUAGACUAUGAUUCCCAUUUUUAAUAUUAAAAAGUUGAGGUCUGUAUAUUGUUAGGAAAACCCUUUUCGGUUCCUAGGUGAUUGUUACCAGAAAAUAGUUUAGUUUAAAGGGAUAGUGUUAUUUUUUAUAAUUUAGUCAGUAUUUCAACCUAAUUGCAUUUAGUAAAUAUUACUGAUCUAUAUAGUAUUAUAGUUUUUUCUGUGAUACUUCCUUGUAUUUUGUGUAUAAAUGGAAAAUAGUUUGUUAUUUUUGUAACCUUUUAUGUUUGUUAGAAAACUUAUGAAGUAUUCAUAUGCGAUUUCAUUAAUCUUGUGUCUUUAAAAACAAUGUUAAAUAAAUAAUUUAAAUUAUCUUAUAUUAUAUAUACAUAAUGUUGGUAAUAUUAAUAUAAUCUGUUAUAUAUUAAUAAAUUAUUAAAGAAUCAAUGUUCUUU